AUGAGGAAAAUGUCCUAUUCAACAAUGCUUCAAAUUGCUUUCCUCCUCCUCUGUUCCAUCUCGUGGGCUUCUGCUUCUCAUCCUUCGCGCGGAGAUUUUGUUCAGUGCCUUUUGAAUUAUACUGAUAGCCCCUCUUAUUUUGCAAAAGCAAUAUACACCCAAAACAGCUCUUCUUUCACAUCAGUCUUGGACCAGUACAUCCAUAAUUUACGCUUCCUUUUACCCGAAGUUCCAAAGCCCCUAGUCAUUAUCACUGCUUUGACUGAAAAUCAGAUUCAAACAGCAAUAUUUUGCUCUAAGAAGUACCGCUUACAAAUGAGAAUUCGAAGCGGUGGCCAUGACUUUGAGGGCAGCUCCUACACUUCUAACGUCCCAUUUUUCGUCCUUGACAUGUCCAACUUUCGUUCAAUCUCCAUAGAUGUUAAAGGUCAAACCGCAUGGGUUGGAGCUGGAGCAACCGUUGGGGAAGUAUACUACAGCAUUUAUGAGGCGAAUAGCACUCUGGGAUUUCCAGCUGCCUACUGCCCUACUGUUGGCAUUGGUGGGCACAUCAGUGGCGGAGGCUAUGGUCCAUUGGUAAGGCAAUUUGGCCUGGCCGCGGACAAUGUCAUCGAUGCUCGUGUCAUCGAUGCAAACGGAACAGUUCUCGACAGAAAGAGCAUGGGCGAGGAUCUCUUUUGGGCUAUUAGAGGUGGAGGCGGUGCUAGUUUUGCUGUCAUUCUUGGAUACAAGUUGAAAUUGGUUGAAAUUCCAGAGAAAGUUACUGUAUUUUCCAUCAACAGAACCUGGGAACAAAAUGCAACUCAACUUCUAUACAAGUGGCAAUAUAUUGCCCCAAAGUUACCACUGAACCUUGUUAUCACACCCCAAAUUGUCAGUAUCAAUUCAAAUCAAACAGGUAAGAGAACUGUACAAGUUACAUUUGUGUCUGUUUUCCGUGGCAAUGUUGAUGAACUGCUUUCAAUCAUGAACCAACAAUUUCCUGAGUUGGGGUUGAAGAAAGAGGACUGCACCGAAAUGCUAUGGAUCCAAUAUUUUGCUUAUGCCAGCGGUCUACCAACUAGUAACAUUACAGAGUCCCUGACCAGCAGAGUCUCUUCAGCUAAACUGUAUUACAAGGCUAAAUCCGAUUUCGUCAAAGAGCCUAUCCCUGAAAAUGGGAUUGAAGAGAUAUUGAGAAAGCUUAAUGAAUUACCUCCCUUUAUGGGAAUGCUGGAGUGGAAUCAUUUUGGAGGAGGGGUAAUGGAAACAAUUCCCGAAUCAGCAACUCCAUUCCCACAUAGAGGAAAUUUGUACCUCAUGUGUGAAGGGGUUUCGUGGGAUGAACAAGUGGUGUCCAAGCAGCGUAUUGAUUGGCUGAGAAAGCUUUACAAGGUCAUUGGAAAAUAUGUUCCUAACAAUCCAAGAGCUGCCUAUGCUAACAGUCGGGACCUCGAUUUGGGUGUGAAUAAUAAAGGUAAAACAAGUGUUGAAAAAGCAAGGAUCUGGGGUGCUCCAUAUUUCAAGAAUAAUUUUGAUAGACUGGUCCAAGUGAAAACCAAAGUUGAUCCUUAUGAUUUCUUCAAGAAUGAACAGAGUAUCCCAAUUUCUCAAUGA